AGUGAAAGAGAAAGAGAGACUACUGGAGGAGAAGAACCAGAUAAACUAUUAGAAGAGAAAGAAAACCAACUGAAAGAGAAGCAACUAAAGGAUAGAGACAUUCAACUAGAGGCACUGAGAAAGAACCUGCAGGACAAGAACAGCCAAGUAGAGAACUUCAGAGUCCUACUGCAGGAAAAAGACCUUCAACUAGAGGCACUGAGAAAGAACCUGCAGGACAAGAACAGCCAAGUAGAGAACUUCAGAGUCCUACUGCAGGAAAAAGACCUCCAACUAGAGGACAGGAACCACAGACUGGGAGAGAAGGACAAACUACUAGAAGAGAGUGAAAAUGAACUAAAAGAGAGGAGACAGGAACUAGAAGAGAAAGAAGCAGUUAAAGGAAAGACACAAGUGGAGGAUGUCAACAACGAAAAUGCUGAACUGGGUAAGAUUAUUACAACCAUUAAUACGUUUAGUCUACUGUACUUUCCUCAAUUAUCAGGUUAUUGUAGACUCUCCUCUGAGUUGGGAAUAUUGUUUUACAUCACUUCAUACUUUCCCUCUGCAUCAUAUUUCUGUCUAAAGUCUUUAACACAGAAUUCAGAUGUUAGUCCUCCUUUGUUAUUUCAGCUCAACAGAUAUGUGAUGUGAAGACUGAGGUAGAGAGACUGAGAAGAGAGACCCCAGCACCGAUGACUGGUGAGUGAGAAAUAUGGUACUUGACAUUAACAUUUCAAUAGAAACCUAGAACUACCCUUAAGUAGGUAUAUGUGCCUUCAUGUGUUACUGAGGUAAAUGUUCCCAUUAUAAAUGGAUGUUAUUUGUUGUUUUAGAACAUGGAGACACCUCAGAUACAGGUUCCAUACCUCCAGUCAGGAGGAGACACAGCAUAGAAGAUCCUCCACUCAGUGAGUUAUCAAUAUUGUCCUGCUUUCUCCUACUGUUUCUAGUCUAUAGUGGACCAUCCUUCACUCAGUGAAUUAUCAAUGUUGUUUCAAGCUGUCAUCAAUCUUGAUAUUUCCUAUUUUCUCCAAUAAUCUAUAUUUCACUAUGAUGUGCAAUGUAUUUGGAGUUGAUAUACUAUGUGUCUCUGAUGAGUCAGUAUGUUGACCAGUUCUCUAUGUUGUGUUACAGUGGGAGGAGAGACCUCAGGUACAGACCACACACUUCCACUGAGGAGGAGAAACAGCAUGGAGUUAAUUCCUCCACUUAGAGAGUUAUGGAUGUAGCUUACAUUAUAUUUUACACUGUGUUAUACAUCCUCCAGAGAGUCAGUGUGUUGAACAGUGCUGUGUGCUGUGAUGCACUGGGAGGAGAGAGCAGCAGUCGAGAGGACGACUGGGACUCAGAGCAGUGCAGCAGGAAACACCAUCCUGGACAGAGAGGAGUUUGGGGCCCAGGCUUGCCCCUCUGCAGUGACCCACAGGAGUAAGAGGAGAGAGGGGGAUGUGUCUGGGAGACGGUUGGUGCUGGUGGACACUCCAGACUGGUUCUGUCCUGGACUCUCUCUGGAGGAGAUGAGACAUGAUGUGGGGCUCUGUGUCCAUCUGUCUGCCCCGGGACCGCACGCCUUCCUCCUGGUCAUACCAGUGGAGCCCUCUAAUGGGGAGGAGAGAGGGGUGCUGGAGAGAAUAGAGGAGAUGUUUGGGGAGGGUUGUUGGGAACACACUGUGAUUCUAUUCACCCAUGCUGAUGGCCUGAAAGAGCAGAGCAUUGAGGAGUUUCUCCAAGCAGGGAGUCAGGACCUCCAGCAGCUUGUAGAGAAAUGUGGGAGCAGGUACCACGUCCUCAACAUUAAGGACAGGGCCCAUGGCACUCAGGUCCCAGAGCUGCUGGAGCAGGUAGAGGAGAUGGUGGCAGGAAACAGAGAGAGAUUCUACAGCAGUCAGACUUACCAGGAGGCAGAGGACCAGGUCAGAGAGAUGGAGGGAAAGAUCCAGAGGGAGAGAGAGGAGAGGAAACAGACAGAGGUGAGAGAGGCUUGAGAAGGAGUUGCAGGACUCUCUGAAUAAGAAAGAUGGAGUAAUCCAGAAGCUCAAGAGAGAUAUCAAUAUCAAAAAGAAAGGAGCACCAAGGUACUUUUCAUAUAAUUAAUUGAAAUGCCUUUAUUUGUAUGGCAUAUUCAAUGGAAACCAAGAUUAAAAACUGAUGCAGUUCGACUGCAUGGCCUUUGUCAGGUACAUAGAUAUGAUAAUACAAUGUCUUCUUUUGAACAGCAUUUUCCAAGAGAUAUCAGGAUACUCAGAGAACGAAUAACUGACCUGGAGAGACAGAUGAAAGAAGAGGGGGAUGAGGAGAAGCAAAGGGAGCUGGAGAGAGAGCUGAAGAGAGAGUCUGAUAGGAGGGAGGAGAUGGAGAGAAAGCUGGAAAGAUUUAGAGAGAAAAGAGAGGAUGGAGAUGGAGGAGAGACACAGACAGGAGUUGAUGGAGAACUAUGAAGGGGAGGUCAGAGUUGAAGCAGAGAGAAACCUGAUGAAGAUAGUCCUACCUGAGUUACAGAGGAACAUCAUGAUCUCACAGACAAAGAUGCAGAGGGAGUUCAGCAGACAGAUGAAGGAGAAGGAUAGACAAAUGAAGGAGAAAAAUGGAGAGAUAGAGAGACUGGUACAAAGACUGAAAGAUCUCAGUGGAAAAUGUUUAGAUGAGGUCUAUUUAACUGGCCUGCAGAGCAGCUCCCAGAUACAGGGAGAGGUAGAAGAAGAGAGAGAAAGAAGACAGGGAGAGCUGAUGGAGAUC